AUGUCGAGUAAACGUUAUAUUUUUUUAAAUACGCUGAAGGAAGAUGCAAUUAAAGGACGAAAAUUUAAGAUUACUGAACAAAUAAGGUCAUCAGACCAAAUAUGCUCACCGUCAAGACAAGAUACUCCAGUACCCUUCUCUAAAGAUUUCACUGAAGAAGACUUGCAAAAAUUAACGGAAAUGAUCGAGGACAGUGAUGAAGAACCAAGUGCUAAAGAAAGAGAUCUUAAGGCCAUAGAAUGUUCCAUAAACCAUUCCUCAAUAACUACAAGUUGUGAAGCACCAGUAGUCUUGUCAGAAGACUGCUUUCAUGACCCCACAUUGGCACCUAUAAUGCCACAAUCGCCUAUGAUGAUCAGUUUCAGUUCAGAAUGCGCUCACUCACCAGCUCCAAUACCACUUGUUGCCAUGCCAGUUAGUUCCCCUGUACCAAUAGAAACCCAGUCGUCAGAAAACGCUCUUCACAACAGUGAACCACCACCGAGGAAAAGGCAAAUCACAAGAAAAAAAGAUAAAGGUCGAUUACGAUUGAUCCAUCGAGAUCAAUGGUUGGAUGUUCAGCGUAAGACAAAUAAAAAUUUAGGAAAAGCAUAUAAAGGUAGGGAUGGAAGACUAAGGAAAGGGAAAGAGAUGGGGCUAGCAUGUGGAGAAAAUUGUAAGUUAAAAUGUUCACAAAAAGUUACAGAUUUUGAACGUAACCUGCUUUUUAAGGCAUUUUGGUCGAUGGGAGAGAUAGUUCGACAUUGGGAUUUCAUCAAUAAGUACUGUGAUAAAAUUCCAAAACGUCGUGUUACUACUGAAACUGCUUCAAGAAGAGAAUUCACUUUACGAUAUUAUUUACCUACAAAAGUAGAUGAAAUUCAAAAUGCCAAUUAA